AUGAACAAAAGGUUAAAUGAAUACUCUUUGAAUGUUUAUCAAGUAGUUUGCUUGGUUAUUGGAUUGUGUUGUGUCUGGUGUAGUGCUGAUGAGGAUUCAGAUAAGAUGGGGUUGUUUGAUAUAUCUAAAAGGCUCAUGUUAGAUAUAGAUAGUCAAGUAGAAUCGGUUUAUGAUGAGAUAACCAAUGCAAUAAACAAGCUGGGAAUCUUAAACGAGAAUCAAACAAAGCAAACAGAUCUAAUAAAGCAGGGCCAACAGAACCUCAAGGAAGAAAAGCAUGAGGCUUCUGAGAACAUGAACUCAACCCAAAGCAAUUGCAGCUUCUCUGACAAAUCAAAGAAUCUAGUCGAACAGGAGAAGAUUGAUUCGAUAUCUCAACUAGUCAGAAAAGAAGUAGUACAGAAAAGUAUUGAUGUAAUUAUCCUGCAACUACAUGAAUGGUUAUAUGAAUGUAAGGAGAUCCGGAUACAAAAGGAAUCGCGAAUAACGAACAUAGAUAAGCCAGAAAAUAUAGUAAAACGACUAAACCAAAUUGAGAGUGACUUAAAGGGCCUACAAGAACGAUUCCUCGAAUUAAAAAGAAGCGGAUUUGAAAGUGGUUGUCUAAUCACAAAAGGCGCCCAGUACCAUCUUAUUGGAUUAAAAGUCCGAUUCGUUACGAUCAUGGUAACAGAACUAAUGAAAAUAGUGCCUAAGAUUGAUAUAUCAGAAUGGAUUCAUCUAACAAAAGUUAUGGAAUCAAAGAUAGAUCAAUUCUUGAUAAAUGAUGAACCCGAAAGCCCCGACAACAUAUCUAUGAUAAUUGAAGAAGCGCUAGUUUGGAUUGAUGGUAGGUCUAAAAACAUGGAAGUCAAAAGUGAAAGUGAAAGUGAACAGGAGCCCACUGGUUCAGAACCAUCCAAUUCAAGAACUCAAUUAAGCAAUCCCCAAACUAACGAAUCUGGCAUGGACGACAAACUUCCCUCAACUAGCAAAUCUGCUGAUCAAGAUUCUACGUUAUCUUUUAAUAGAUAUGAACUUAAACUAUCCGAGUUGGAUCAAAAGGAUUGUACACCUAAGUUAGACUCAGAGCAAGAAAAGCUUCUCCAGAAGUUUAUAAGUAGCGAUAACCAGUACUUAUUAGAAGAUGAAGCCCCCCCUGUUUGGAGAGUGUUUAAUAUCAACGAAGAUAAUCAAUCCAGAAAGUAUGGACUAUCUAGCACUUCGUUGCCAGCUAAACAUACGCUUUCCCUGAACCUUGAUUGGGAAGAAAGUGAACUGAUGGAGUUACUAGAUGUCUUAAAGAAGUUCAGUAAAAUCAUACUCAAAGAGAAAUAUAUCAACAUAUCGAAUCCUCGCGGCCCGGCUGGUUUAUUAGUCCUAGCACAACUCUUAACGCUGUUCGAAAGCUCAGAGUUGAAUGCUAUGAAGAAACCUCUUGAGAUUCUUGUCAUUUUGACGGAUAUAACUUGCCCUUCUUUGGAGUCAUCAUUCACUGGUGCCAUGAAACGAGAGCAGUUCCGAAACCAAAUCGAGGAGAUCGAAGAGUCGCGAUACAUUAUCAGCAUGGAUAUUUAUGGGCUCACAUCAAAUGUGCAGGAGUUCAUUUGGCCACUAGCAACCCAUUUUCCAACCGAAUUUAUAGGUCUAUACCGUUCCCAACUGGACAAGAUAGACUUUCUUAACGAUGUCAACUGGAUAGACCAAUUCGCCCUCAAAUUCGAAUUAGACUACGAAAAGGACCUUAUUGUUAGUUUAGGAGCCAGGACCGCGAAAGGAAAAGAUCUCCCGUUUUGUGAAUGGCUAGUUAUUAAUACUAACCGUCCAAACCAAGGCCAACCGUCUAGCAGUCGCCUAAAGGUUUAUGUUAUAGGCCUUACUGAAUACCUUCAACCCAAUUCUUUUGAUAAGGAUGGCAAGCUCUUAAACACUUCAUUAGAGGUGCCCGAUGACAUUUUAGUAUUUCCAUGGCCAUGA